AUGGCACCAGGAAAAGUGACGACACCAGGAAAAAUGACGACACCAGGAAAAGAAACAACACCAGGAAAGAAAAAUGAAAAUACCAGAAAAAGUGAUAACACCAGGAAGAGAUCAGAAUCAAUACCACCAGAAAAAGUGACAACACCAGGAAAAAGAUCAAAAUCAAUAUCACCAAAAAAAGUGAUAACACUAAGAAAAACUACAGUACUAGGAAAAGCGAUGACACCAGAAAAAGCAAUCAGAAUCAAUGCCACCAGAAAAA